AUGGAAAAAAAUUUUAAUAUACCUGUAUUAGUAACCGGAUUUGGACCUUUUGGAAAUCAUGAAGUUAAUGUCAGUUGGGAAAUUGCUAAAUUAUUACCAAGUUUAAAUCUAAACGAUUACGGUAUAGAUAUAAUCAUUGAAGAAAUUCCAGUCGCUUAUUCCGAAGUUGAUGAAAAACUGGUUGUUCAUAUGGGAUUAACAGGUACCGGAACAGGGAUAUAUUUUGAAACGGUUGCACACAAAAUGGGCUAUGUAAAAAAGGAUAUUUAUGAAAAACUUCCAGAAGACAAUAGUGCUAAGGGUAGGCUUGAUAUUCAUAGAACACUUUUGAAUGUUGAAUUGGUUGCUGAAACGCUUGUCAAUUCUGUAUUCAAUGAAAUUCCAAUUCAUGUAUCUUCUAAUGCUGGUAGAUUUUUAUGUGAGUAUAUUUUUUAUACAUCAUUAAAUAUUGAUCACACCAGAACAAUUUUUAUACAUGUGCCAAAUACUGACAAAGGAUUUUCUGUAAAGCAAAUGGCAUUGGUAAUAAGAGAAAUAAUACUACUGCUCAUAAAACAAAUUCACAUAAAUACCGAAGUGAAAAUGCCCUAA